ACACAAGGAUAAUGCGCAACUCCGGCAGGACGAGAGUGUGAAAGUAAAGCGGGGGUAAGUGAAGACGUUGAACUCACGGUGUCUCGUGUUACUGUGUCACUACUGAUGUAGGAACGAAUGAAUGAAACUCUAUCCACGAACGUAUCGACGUCUUCCGCGUUGGCGAAUGGAUCCGGAAUGAGACACGGAAAACGAAAUCGAGGUCUGCCCUAAACGCAAGAAAUACAGCUGAGAAACACCGAGCGAUCCCAAUCUGGAUUUGUUCUCUGCGCUUUAUUCCUGCACUUUCUGUACUUAUGGCAAUCACUCCAUAGGAUUUUUCCCUUACUCCGGAUCCUUUCUCCUACUGGAACAGCUGUCUCUCUGUGUAAAGUGAUAUUCAUUUCUCGCGCACUGCACGUUUAUGACAUGUUCGUUAUAUAUUUAUCGUGUGAUUGUAUAUAGAGAGUAAAAAAACAAGCAAAAGAGCAUUCAAUGACAUUUUAUCUCACCCAUAUGCUUGAGAAUGAAAAUGAAUAUGCAGGAGAUUACAGAGAACAUCAUGAAUCAUAACAAUGUACGACACUAAAAUAGAAGAUGAACUUGUGCAGUAACGACAAUAACUGCUUAUAGCGGACGAUGAGUAAUAGACAUCGGAGGCUGAUAAGACGCACUUGUUCGAGAUACAUGAUCAGCAGGAUCUGGGGUCGACUCCAACAAACAGGAGAAUUGAAGAGGAAUGUGCAUGAGUUAUCGUGCAUGAUUCGUGUAUCGUCAAGAAAUUAUUGUGAGCCGGCGAUAGAUUUCUGAACUCGCUACAGAGUAACUCUCUGAUGCACUUCUGGAUCAACAAACCGGCGGGCAGGUAUUACGGCUUCACCGGCCGCCGAUACCCCGUCACACCUGUGCCAAAAUCACACAACCAAUGUCGGCGCGGUGGCGAACUUAGUCAAAUGGCGUCCCCAGUGCAUUUCCGACUCACUCAGGUCAGGUACCAUGAUAACCUUGCAACCCGAAACUUAUCACCAGCCGGUCCUAGUAAUAUCAAUAACCCUCAUCGAGGCAUCGCUCGCUCGACCGCGCGAAUCCAUAACAACCGUCAUCACAAUUCGUCAUCACUCAGCGCUGCCCAGCUGAACAACAUCCCCAACAAUGUCACCAACGCCAACAACAAUCAGCUGAUUCUAUCGAAUACGACUAGCGCGAAUGGUACAGAACAGAAUAGAAGUCUGCUAACGGGGAACGUUUUUGACUUACGGGAGGCCGAACUGGCCGGCUUUCGGCUGCGUUGUGGUAUCUGGUCCACCUUUGCUCUAGCAACAGUUUUUGUGGCGGCCGCAAAAUUCUACUUUGGUUAUCGGCAGGGUCCUGGCUUGGAGAUACUCGUGUUUUGCGGAUUACUAAUAUUGCUGUUGUCUGCCUGUUUAUACUCGAUCUUCUGCAAGUACAAUCGUGACAGAAAUUACCAUCCUAGCAGUCGGUCGGAGCAUAACGCUCAGAUGCAGGAAGAUCAUAUCGUCGCUGUGACGAACGCGUCUAGCAUCGGUGACAGUGUUGUUAAUACAACGACGACAACAGUGCCGACGACGACGGUGAGGCAAAACCCACCUCCUCCUUAUCACAUCGCUAUUUUAAUACCGCCGUCAUCGCCGCCGUCAUCGCCGCCACUCGUAUCCUCGGAGGAAGCGUCGCCACCUUCGUACGACAAGGCAUGCGAUGAAAUCCGACGACCCGACAUAAAAUUUAACUAGAACAGCUCUCGUUUAAGAAUUCUUCCUUCGAUAUUUUUGUGUCCGCUACACAAGGCAGCACAAAUCAAUUCUCUAGAUUUAAGCAACCAUUCACGUCUGUGAUAAGUGCGCAAUGAUAAUGACACAUCGACAACACAUUGGGGGUUCAGUUCGGGAAAAGAAAAGAUUCACGCGGCAAUAUUUUUUAGUGGGCAUUACAGAGAAAGCCGCGCUCCGCCAAUGAAUUUCCGUUUGGUGCGGGUAUAAAAUAUAUUCUAAUCUUUUUACUAUACUUUAUACUAUACUUUACUAUGAAACUGUGUGAUAUAUAUUUAACUUAGGUUUAGCCACAAUGCAGCGCGUUGCUGGAUGUUUGGUCUCGAUCCAUUCGUUUAUUCUUCCGGUUAGGACUUCCACGAAGAUAAUCGCUCACAUUCGAGUUUUCUUCGAUAUACAUAAUUCCAAGAAUUCACUAAAUUAUGUUCGAUUACGUAAUUGUCUACAUGAUCUUAUAGAAUGAUAUACAAAAAUGACUCUUGUUACAUAUACAUACAUAUAUAUGCUUAGAGGCAUAUAAAAGAAAAUAAACACACGAAUUCAAAUAUGCAAUUCGAGCCUGAGUGUGUCAAAUUUGCAAAACGUAUGCGUAGUUCAGUCGCCACUUACAAUAAGCUGAUAAUUGGAAGUGUGCGUUUGGCGCACAAUUUUAGUUAUUGAGUAAAUAUAACUUGUUCAGUCCAUCAAACACACUCAUUACGUUGAGUGCUUUGCGACAUAGAAACACGCAACAUUUCACGCUAAUCUGUAAUAUGGAUAUGUUAACGAACUACGAGUUGUGCGAAAUGUAACACGAUUUUUUUUUCCUCCAUGAAUGCAUUUAUGAGAAGAUGAGAAAGAGAGAAAAAACGUGUGUAUAUGUGCUUGUAAAUGAUUGUUUAUGUCAUAACUCGGUAUAUUUAAGAACAGCUACAUAUAAUACAUGAUGUGAGAACAUCCCGUUUGGAUGUUCUUCGUAAUUGUAAAUCGCAAGUGUACUGUAAUGUACAAAACUCAUUGUCAUUUUUAACUGCAAUCUUACAAUCCCAUUUUUAUUUAAAAGAUAAAAAAGCAAAAUUUAAAUUCCUCUUUUCUAAAAUUUAUGAUAAAAUCAAAGAAAAAAAACGAUUGCGAAUUUUAUAUAUUUUAUAUAUUUUUUUUCUCUCCAUGCGAUAAAUUAUUCAUUCGUUCAAAAAAAAGGUAUUGCUAAGCGAAAAUUUAAAAAAUAUAAAAAUUGGAGAGAGAAUAUGAAUUUUGCUUGUAUACUUUAUUGGUUUAUUUCUUUAUCUUAAGGAACCUACGUAUACAUUCAUUUUAGAUCAUAGAAAAUCUAAGAAAGUGCAGUCUAAGACGAGCAAAAGAAUGUAGGUUUUCCUAUAUCAAGUCAUAAUUUAAUAAAAUCACAAUCGAUUUGCUGCGCGCCGAUGUUUCGUUUAUAAAAAGCAUUUUCAUCGAAUCCUUUUUUCUUUACAUUCUUAAUAAAUGAAUUUGCAUACACGAAUAACAAAAAAAGAAAGGCCGCAUGUUGCGAUAAGUGUAAUAAAAACGAACCCGGAAUUUUUAUUAUACAGAUCUAAUUUUCGCGAAAAUGCGAAAUAGUUUCCAAAAUAAGCAUUUAAGUGUUUAAUUUACAGCUGUUUACGAAAUAUACAACAGGUGCAAAAGCGAAUAAAAUCAUUAUUUUGAAAAGCACAGCUACACAUAUUGCGAAAAAUGAAUUGUCUAGAUUUAAUAACGAUAAUCAUUCUACGAUAUCGCCGGUCUUAAUGAAACAAUUAUCGAAUGUUUUUGUCUUUUUUUGAGAAUAUAAUUAUAUACCUAAUUGUUUUAGGAAUAGUUAUUAUAUAAUCAUCAUUGAUAAUAUAAAUCAUAAAACUGUAAAAAUAUAAAUUAUGAUUGAUAAUAGUCAAAUUAUAUAUGUACAUAAAUAUAUAAAAAUGCGAAGAAAUGUAUAUGAGUAAAGUUUAAAUAUAAUUUUUUUACUUAUAGUCCGCUCUUUUGUAGUCUAUUAAAUUAGUGGACUUUUCCUUAAGAUCGACGAUAUAUUUUCCAUUUACUGACAAUAUGUAUAUAUGUAUAUUACUAUGAUACAAACGAGGUUACAGUCUUCGGGAUACAAUAAUAAUAAUAAUAAUAAUAAUAAUAAUAAUAAUAAUAAUAAUAAUAAUAAUAAUAAUAAAUCAGUAUGAUACUGAUUGUAAACGAUGUUUACGAUCUUGUAUACAGUACAUGUGGUUACAUCAAAAUGAAAGUACUUUAAAGACUCUCACCGUGUAAAAAGUAAUCGAAAACGAAGGUGCGUGUGACUUGGUCGCGCUGUGUCUCGUUAAAUUGCGUUAAACAUUGGUCAAAAUUAACCGACAUUUAAUUGAUUCUCCCUCUUUCUUAUUUAUUAAAAACUGAUUUAACUAGAAGAAAUGGUAACAACUAUCGACGAAAUCACUUAAAUUAAUUUAGGGAAAUUAAUUUUUUAUUGGAUUUUUGUCUUAAUUAAGCCAAAAAGACGAAGAAUCGAUUAAAUUUCAGUUAACCAAAGGAUUUUAAUGAUUUAACAGGUUUUCAUAAGAUCUCAAAAAACCAUUUUUUUCAUAAUUAUACAUGUUUAAUUAAAUUUAUUAAAAAAAUUAAAGUUAAAGACGUUAUUUCUAUAUAUCCUCGAGUUCUUAUAAAAACAGCAUUAAAUCCUUCAGUUUUAAUUAAUAUUCAAAAACAAUAAUAUAUGAUACACAAUAACGAGUUCGAUGAGACUCUUUCUUGCGCACUGCCAAUAAAACAGUAUUUCAAAAA